AUGUCUGACGCCGGCGACGCUGCUGCUGCCCCUGCGCCCGCCGCUGGCGAGCCCCUCGACCUCCACGGCGCCCUGAAGCAGGUGCUGAAGAAGGCCAUGGCCUUCGACGGCCUCGCCCGCGGCCUGCACGAGGCCGUGCGCGCCAUCGAGCGCGGGCAGGCCCAGCUGUGCCUGCUGGCGCAGGACUGCAACGAGGCGGACUACUCGAAGCUGAUCGAGGCGCUGUGCCACGAGCACAACGUCAACCUGAUCACCGUCCCCGAGAACAAGCAGCUCGGCGAGUGGUGCGGGCUCUGCAAGGUCGACCUCGAGGGCAACGCGCGCAAGGUCGUCGGGUGCUCGUGCGCGGUGAUCACCGACUACGGUGAGCCCACCGAGGGGCUGGCGCUCAUCCAGAACCAGCUCAAGGGCUCGUCGUAG